AUGGUGGGUUAUAAUACACAAAAUCUAGAUGUUAUUCAGUCUUCAUAUAUCUGUAAUUCUUGUUCAUUAUUACUCCGAGAACCUGUGCAACUAAUUGAUUGUGGUCAUCGUAUGUGUCAAUCAUGUGUCAGUGAACAAUCAGGAAACAAGAUAACAUGCGCAGAUUGUGGUGAACAAACAACACAAGAAAAAUUAUUAAUUGAUCGUGGUUUUAAAAAUGAUAUGCAGAGUUUGUCAAUUAUAUGUUCAUUUUGUAGUUGGACUGGUAUAUUGAAAACCUAUCAAAGUCACCUUGAUCAAAAUCAUUCAAAUCCCACAUGUGAUUCUUGUGAUCAAAAGUUUAAUUCAGUAAAUGAUCUUGAUCGACACAAAUUGUUUAGUUGUGAAAAAACAACUGUUGUUUGUCCAUUAAAACAAUGUGGAUGUGAAGAAAUGGUUCUUCGUCUUCGUCUUGCAGAACAUUAUAUAAGUGAUCAACAUCAAAUAGUUUUAGCCAAAUUUGUUCGCCAAAUGAAUUCGAUUUUAUCAACUAAUAUUGGUAAUCAUUCCCUGAUUAGUUGUUAUCAAAGAACGGAUAUUGAUGCUAAUGAAUUAGAGAAAAUCUCAAGGACAAUGAAUAUUUUGUCAGAUGAUAUUAAAAUAUUAGCUGAUGAAUUAGAACGUCUUGCUAUUGAACGUGAUCAAAUUCAUAAUAAACUACAGUCUUUCAUUCAAGAAUCUACAAUACUUAAAAAAUCCAUUGAAGAACAAAAAACAUGUAUAGAUGGUAUUACACUUAAUGAAGAAAGGACUGAACAAGACUUAUCAUCAUUGGAACAAAAUCUUAAUACUAUGAAUUUGAACUCUUAUGAUGGAACUUUUAUAUGGAAAAUAACCAAUGUAGAAGAAAAAAUAGUUGCUGCUCGAUCCAGAACGCAAACAUCGAUUUAUUCUUCACCUUUCUAUUCAUCACCUACAGGUUAUAAAAUGUGUCUUCGACUUUAUUUGAAUGGUGAUGGAAAUGCUCAGAACACACAUAUAUCAUUAUUUUUUGUUCUGAUGCGUGGUGAAUAUGAUGCUAUUCUCACAUUUCCCUUCUGUUUUAAAGUGAUAUUCUGUCUUUAUGAUCAAACCGACCAGCAAAAACAUAUUAUUGAUUCAUUUCGACCUGAUAUUAGAUCAAAUAGUUUUCAACGACCACGCUCCGAUAUGAAUAUUGCUAGUGGAAUACCAAAAUUUGCUCCAUUAACAAUAUUUCAACAAGAGAAUAAUCCAUAUGUUCGUAAUGAUAUAAUGUUUAUUAAAGUGAUAAUCGAUUUUGAUAAUACACCAAAACCAAUUUUACCUUAUGUGUUUAAUCUUAGCCCCGGACUAACGACUCAAAUUCAACAAACAAUGAUUCGACAGCAAAUUGAAAAACGAGAACAAGAACAACAAGUGUUGAAUUCUUCAACAAUGAAUAUUGAGACAGAUCAAUCGAUCACUAUGAAGGGGAUUCAAGAAUUUCGUCAAUAA